CAAGGUACAGGAAGAACCCGGGUCUCUGCGCUCCUCACACAGCCCAGGCCAUCGUGGGGGUUGGUGCUGCCGGGAGGCUGUCAGCUGCGGAGGACAAUGACCUUGCAGACACCACCGCCUGAGUGAGAACCAGGGGUCUGUGCCUCUCGUCAUUCCCCACUCUUACCCUGGUCAAGCCUGCACCAGCAUGUCAGGAACCUCCAAGGAGAGUCUGGGGCACUGGGGGCUACCAGGGUUGGGCAAGGCCUGCUUAACCACCAUGGACAAAAAGCUGAACAUGCUGAACGAGAAGGUGGACCAGCUCCUUCACUUCCAAGAAGAUGUCACAGAGAAGUUGCAGAGCGUGUGCCGAGACAUGGGCCACCUGGAGCAGGGCCUGCGCAGGCUGGAGGCCUCCCGGGCACCAGGCCCAGGCGGGGCUGAUGGGGUUCCCCGCGCUGACACCCAGGCCGGGUGGCCCGAGGUCCUGGAGCUGGUGAGGGCCAUGCAGCAGGAUGCGGCCCAGCACGGUGCCAGGCUGGAGGCCCUCUUCAGGAUGGUGGCUGCGGUGGACAGGGCCAUCGCUUUGGUGGGGGCCACAUUGCAGAAAUCGAAGGUGGCGGAUUUCCUCAUGCAAGGGCAUGUCCCCUGGAGGGGAGGCAGCCCAGGUGACAGCCCCGAGGAGAACAAAGAGCGAGUGGAAGAAGAAGGAGCAAAACCAAAGCAUGUGCUGAGCGCCAGUGGGGUGCAGUCUGAUGCCAGGGAGCCUGGGGAAGAGAGCCAGAAGGUGGACGUGCUGGAGGGGACAGUGGAGAGGCUGCCCCCCAUCAGAGCUUCGGGGCUGGGAGCUGACCCCGCCCAAGCAUGGGCCUCACCAGGCCAGGGAGAUGGUGUUCCUGGCCCAGCCCAGGCAUUCCCUGGCCACCUGCCCCUGCCCACAAAGGUGGAAGCCAAGCCUCCUGAGACACCCAGCGAGAGCCCCAGGACUGGCCUGGAAUUGGCUCCAGCACCCGGCAGGGUCAAUGUGGUCUCCCCGAGCCUGGAGGUUGCACCAGGUGCAGGACAAGGAGCGUCAUCCAGCAGGCCUGACCCUUGGCCCUUAGAGGAAGGCACGAGGUUGACUCCAGGGCCUGGCCCCCAGUGCCCAGGGCCUCCAGGGCUGCCAUCCCAGGCCAGGGCAGCCCACAGUGGUGGAAAAACACCUCCAAGGAUCUCCAUCCACAUGCAAGAGAUGGAUACUCCUGGGGAGAUGCUGGUGACACGCAGGGGCAGCCUUGGACCCAGCCCUGCCACAGAGGCUCCAGCAGCUGCCCAGCCAGGCGAGCAGGGCCCACCUGGGACUGGGCGCUGCCUCCAAGCCCCUGGGACGGAGCCCAGAGAACAGACUCCUGAAGGAGCCAGAGAGCUCUCCCCACUGCAGGAGAGCAGCAGCCCCAGGGGGGCGAAGUCAGAGGAGGAUCAAAGGGCUGGGGUUGAGCCUAGCACGAGACCAAGCUUGGCCAGGAGGGACGACGAUGACCACGCAGUUGGGGCCCUGGGCCUGCAGCAGGGCAAAGGCCCAGGAGCAGGAAACCCUGAGCCUGAGCAGGACUGUGCAGCCAGGGCUCCAGGGAGAGCCGAAGCAGUAAGGAGGAUGCCCCCAGGCGUCGAGGCUGGCAGCGUGGUUCUGGAUGACAGUCCGGCCCCGCCAGCUCCUUUUGAACACCGGGUAGUAAGCGUCAAGGAGACCUCCAUCUCGGCAGAUUACGAGGUGUGCCAGCACGAAGUCUUGGGAGGGGGCCGGUUUGGCCAGGUCCACAGGUGCACAGAGAAGUCCACAGGCCUCCCACUGGCUGCCAAGAUCAUCAAAGUGAAGAGCGCCAAGGACCGGGAGGAUGUGAAGAACGAGAUCAACAUCAUGAACCAGCUUAGCCACGUGAACCUGAUCCAGCUCUAUGAUGCCUUCGAGAGCAAGCACAGCUGCACCCUCGUCAUGGAGUACGUGGACGGGGGUGAGCUCUUCGACCGGAUCACAGAUGAGAAGUACCACCUGACCGAACUGGAUGUGGUCCUGUUCACCAGGCAGAUCUGUGAGGGCGUGCAUUACCUGCACCAGCACUACAUCCUGCACCUGGACCUCAAGCCGGAGAACAUAUUGUGCGUCAAUCAGACAGGACAUCAAAUUAAGAUCAUUGACUUCGGGCUGGCCAGAAGGUACAAGCCUCGAGAGAAGCUGAAGGUGAACUUCGGCACUCCUGAGUUCCUGGCCCCAGAAGUCGUCAACUAUGAGUUUGUCUCAUUCCCCACGGACAUGUGGAGUGUGGGAGUCAUCACCUACAUGCUACUCAGUGGCUUGUCCCCAUUUCUAGGGGAAACAGAUGCAGAGACCAUGAAUUUCAUUGUAAACUGUAGCUGGGAUUUUGAUGCUGACACCUUUGAAGGGCUCUCGGAGGAGGCCAAGGACUUUGUUUCCCGGUUGCUAGUCAAAGAGAAGAGCUGCAGAAUGAGUGCCACACAGUGCCUGAAACACGAGUGGCUGAAUAAUUUGCCUGCCAAAGCUUCAAGAUCCAAAACUCGUCUCAAAUCCCAACUACUGCUGCAGAAAUACAUAGCUCAAAGAAAAUGGAAGAAACAUUUCUAUGUGGUGACUGCUGCCAACAGGUUAAGGAAAUUUCCGACUUCUCCCUAACCUUCAACUCUGCUGCUCCAGUGGGUCCAGAAAUUACUGAGGCCAGUGGUGAAGUGAAGAGAUGACUCGAAAAUUUAAAUAAUUUGGCUUUUUGGUAUUAUUGAUUCCACUUAUUUUGUAAAAAUGGUUAUGGCUGCUGCCUUCCUUGUGGAUGAAAAGUGGCUGUAAAGAAGCUUCCUAAGAACGUUUUUUUUCUGCCUUGUAAGAUCACUACGUGUGAAAUGCUCUGUGUACCUUUCAAAUAUACCUACUUUUGGUGGUAAGUGUAGGGAUGCUUUAGGUGGGUACUUUGCAUAUGUCGAAUUUAAAUUCUAAACUCACACUGAUUAAAUAACUCAGUAGACUACUU